UUCGCCUUGCUGCUGCAGUCUCUCCUUCACAUCGCCCUCCAGCUGAAGAGAAGUACUGUGGCACUCACUGCAGCCUCAGUAGCCGGAAAAAUUAUACCACCCCUUGGGUAGCUGCCUCCUCUUCUCUGGAAAAAUGGCUGUUCCUCCCUCAUAUGGCGAUCUGGGGAAAUCCGCCAAGGACAUCUUCAAUAAAGGAUAUGGGUUCGGCCUUGUCAAGCUCGAUGUGAAGACCAAGUCCGCAAAUGGAGUGGAAUUCAAAACCGCCGGCUCGUCGAACACAGACACCAGCAAAGUCAACGGUAACCUGGAGACCAAGUACAAGUGGUCGGAGUAUGGCCUGACCUUCACAGAGAAGUGGAACACAGACAACACUCUGGGAACGGAGAUCACAGUUGAAGACCAGAUUACCAAAGGACUCAAGCUUACCUUCGACACAACCUUCUCACCAAACACUGGCAAGAAGAGCGGCAAGGUGAAGACUGCCUACAAGCGCGAGUUCGUCAACCUGGGCUGUGAUGUGGACUUCGACUUUGCCGGGCCCACCAUCCACGGCGCCGCAGUAGUGGGCUAUGAGGGCUGGCUCGCCGGAUACCAGAUGAGCUUCGACACCGCCAAGUCCAAGAUGACCCAGAACAACUUCGCGGUCGGAUACAAGACCGGUGACUUCCAGCUGCACACCAAUGUUAACGAUGGCUCUGAGUUUGGCGGCUCCAUCUACCAGAAGGUGAGCCCUCAGCUGGAGACGGCAGUCAACCUGGCCUGGACCGCCGGCAACAACAGCACGCGCUUCGGCAUCGCCGCCAAGUACCAGCUGGACUCCAGUGCCUCUCUUACUGCUAAGGUGAACAACGCAAGCCUGGUUGGAGUUGGCUACACCCAGACACUCAGGCCAGGAGUGAAGCUCACCCUGUCUGCCCUGGUCGAUGGCAAGAACAUCAACGCUGGCGGACACAAGCUGGGCCUGGGACUGGAGCUUGAAGCAUAACGACCAGGCCGCCAGCCAUCGUUAUUGUUGUAAUUGUAAGGAAAAAUGAAAGUAUGUGAAGAAUUUGGCCUUACGUUAUUUCUGGCAUAACCAGCAAGGGGUGCGUUCUCUUAAAGGGAAGAAAGAAAAGGAAAAACCAACAAAGCGCCGCAUUAAUGAAUAAUCACACCUUCCGUUCCUACCACAGUGAUGUAUGAUGGGAUACCUGAUGGCUACACACCUCGUAUUGGGUUUUUAUGUACUUUUACUUUCCAGGCCUUUCCAUCAUGUUCACUUCCUGAUGUUAUUUAUUGUUUUGCUGUAUGUGUCCAACUUCCUUCUACACUGAGUUGCCAUGACAAUGAAAUACAAUCUCUUUCUAAAAGAAAAAAAACUUGCGACAUGUUGUGCAUGUUUUGGUUUUAUUUUGUGUCUUGGGAGUGUAGGGGUGCUUGGAAAGAGAACUGUCUGUUGGUCUUUAACUUACUUGAGUUUGUGUGUAAUAUUCAAUGAAUGUAGUAAUUUAAAUGAAAAUAAUUUCUGCUGCUUCUGCACUCAUCCCAAACACCUUAUGCUUCCUAUUCUGCUGACUCCCCUGCCCCUCUCCUGAAAGAAAAAGGCAUUUACACAUUUAUCCUUCUUCGCUGGUCCUAAAACUGGCUCUCUUAAACCACAUACUACUGCACUUCGAUACACUAAAAGAAAGCCUUCUCGUCUUAUUGUACUACGUUGGUCAUCAUUUACUCUCCUUUCCCCUCUACUACUCUGCAGUACAAAUGGCAGUAAUCAGAUGGUUCACAGUUCUUUUUCCCUCUGUUGCAAACAUAAUGAAGACUAAAGAUUUAAUGCCAAAAUGGAUUUCUCUCUGGGCAAUCAGUUUGACAUAUACUGAUGGAAUGACUGAGCGACUCCACCAUCACAACCCCCCUCCCUUCCUACCAUUCCUCUUUGCCCAUUCAAUCAAUUAUCCAUCCAUCCAUCCGACAGCCCACCCACAGCAGUGUUGUAAAUGGGCGACAACUGGGCUACGCUGGGGAACCGUGCAAUCUCCCUUGUGUAUGUCAACCUUUACAAUAAAGUCUUUCAACUUGA